AGGCUCAUUCCAGUUCUUUGCUCUGGAGUCGGUGAGAGAGGGCUUCGUGUGAUUUGAUUCUUUGUUCUGAUUCUUUCUUUCUCCCAAUCUAAAGUGUUUUGUCAGGGGGAUUUGAAGCAGUUACUCAAACUUAAAAAUGGAGGGCAGAAGUGGUGCUGAAGAGAAGAAGCUGGAGGAGGUUCAUCUGAAGCUCAAAAGCAAAGAAAAAGAAUCAGGUGAAGACAAAGAAGAGAAGAAGGAGAUAGAGGUGGAAAUGAAGAAAAAAAUUGUGGAGAAGAAGGGAAAAGAGAAUGAUGAGGAUGACAAAGAACACAAGAAGGAGAAGAAACACAAAGAGAAGAAGGAUAAACAUGAGUCUGAGGAAGGAGAUGACCAUAAAAAGGAUGGGAAAUCAAGUGAGAAGAAAGAGAAGAAGAAAGACAAGAAACAUGAAAAAGAUGAAGAUGAAAAGAAGCAUGGAGAAUUGGAGGAGAAACAAAAGGAAAAGUCUAAAAAGGAUAACGAUGGAAAAUCAACAGACACGCAGAAAGAUGGUGAUGGAGAGUUGAAGAAGAAAGAGAAAGAUAAAGAGAAAGACAAGAACAAGGACAAAGAUGAAUCUAAGAAGGCAAAAGAAGAUGAAGAGAACACAGAGAAAGAAGAGAAGAAGAAAAUGAAGAAAGAGAAAGAUGAAAAAUCAAAGGACAAAGAGAAGGAGAAGAAAGAUAAACAUGAAGAUGCAGAGGUAGAAGAUAAGGAAACCAAGAAGAAGGAAAAGAAGAGCAAGGAUAAAGAUGGAGAGUCCAAGAAGAACAAGAAGAAUGAUGAAGAAGAUUCAAAAGAAGACAAUAUCAAGGAUCGGGAGUUAAAGCUGACGAAAGAAGGGGAUAAAACAGAGAAGAAAGUUGAAGCCAAGGAAAAGAAGAAGAAGAAUGAUGAAGAGGAUGAAUCAGAGAAAAAGGUCAAAGAUAAGAAGGAUAAAAAGAAAGAAUCAAAGGAUGAUGAAGAAGCUGAUGAGGAGAACAAAGAAAAGAGCAAGAAAGAUAAGUGUGAGAAGAAGCGGAAACUUGAUGGUAAAGAGAAGAGCAAGGAUGUAGCUAAACUCAAACAGAAGCUGGAAAAGAUUGACGCUAAAAUAGAAGCCUUGCAGGCCAAAAAAGCUGAAAUCCUGAGUUUGAUACAAAACUCAUCAGAGGAAAAGAAAGAAACCAUCACUGAUGCAGCCUAGUGAUAUGCAUAAACUACAAAAAUAACUACUACUUGCUUGUGUGUGCAGAGUGUGGAGCUUUCUGUUCUAUUUUAAUGGUUUUACUUUGAGAAUAAAUGACAAGGAAUUGAUAAAAUUUCUAGUA